GACAUCACUGAGCGACGGAUGGACAGCCAGUCAGACCCGUCACAGCACUCGCUCGAGUCCUCGGAAACCUCGAGAAAAGCCAAUACUAAGGAGACUUGCAGCUCUUGGAGCUGAUCCAGAGUCGAACCUUUCAUCUCGCUUCGGACAACAGCAACGUUCGACGCGACAAUGUUCGCGGCUAGAUGAGCCUGUCACGUGAGCGCGCAAUACCACGCAACAUCCGCCGACGAAUAUUACGCAAUACGCGGGAACAGAAGUUUUAAGACGUUGUAAGUGGCACGAACGGCUGAAUGUGAUCAAUGAAUGAUCAGUGAAGAAAGUACAGUGACGCGUGCGGUGAUCCCAAGGGAAACUUUAACGAGCGAGAUAUGAAACAGUGAGUCAGUGUCUUGAACCAGUGAACUCUGAGCUCUGACAGACUAGAUACGCGACAAGUGUGGCUCUGUGCACUUUCACAAAUAUGACGGCAGAGGGUUAACGUUACGGUUGAAAUUUCACCGUUCAACUGUCACGGCUGACAUUUACAUUUGAAUCGUAUACGUGACAGACGAUUCGGAAGAUCGAAAGAUGAGCGUAGCUCUCGUGACAAUGGAUUCCGCGUACGGUCUUCGACUGGGAAUUGGCAGCCAUCAUCAUCAUCAUCAUCAUCAUCAUCAUCAUCACCAUCAUCGAGUGCGUUCACCCGAAAGUCACGUGGUUUCUCGCCAGGAUCAGCAAGCAGAUCACAAAGACGACAUCGAGGCACCGUUGAGAUUCAGCGUGGUAAACAUACUGAGACCAGAUUUUGGACGAGAGGCGAUUCUCAACACGAAAGCACCGAAACAAACCACUUUGGCGCCCGGUCACUCGACGACGAUUCCUGUUCCGAUACCUCGUCACAGUCCUCUUUCUUUGCCACGUGAUCUGACUCUAUCGUCCAAUCGAUUGUCGCCCACGAGGCCUCAGCCUGGCAAUUUUUCCGUGCACAGAGAAAGGGAUCUGUUUUCUUCUCACUGUGGGCUGACGUCACCCCUUCAGAGGAACACUGGUCUCAGCAGAAGCGGAAGUCUCGAAAGCCUAGCGAGUAGCAGAAGUUCCGUCACCGGAAGUUCCGUAACUGGAGCACCUUCCCUGGGUUCCACGUCCUCUACCAUCGGCAGCGACUCCUUAAGCGGAGACAGCAGUGCCGGAAAUGCGAACAGCACCACCACCAACCAAACUGGACUCAAUGGACAGAGUCCUUGGCCUGCGUGGGUUUAUUGUACCAGAUACUCGGACAGACCUUCAUCCGGACCACGAACGAGGAGAGUGAAACGAUCGCAAAACAACGGAAAGAGCGGGUCGCCGGAAGAGAAAAGACCACGGACCGCAUUCAGCGCGGAGCAACUGGCUAGGCUGAAGAGGGAAUUCACGGAAAAUCGAUACCUAACCGAGAGAAGGCGGCAGCAGCUCUCUCGAGAUCUGGGCUUAAACGAGGCGCAGAUCAAGAUCUGGUUCCAGAACAAAAGGGCAAAAAUCAAGAAGGCCAGCGGCCAGAAAAAUCCGCUAGCUCUUCAAUUGAUGGCCCAAGGUCUGUACAAUCAUUCGACGGUGCCCGUUGACGAGGACGGCGAGGAAAUCGUGACUGGAAGCAAUCAUUCGCACUAAUGACGAGUAACGUGUCGUCAAAAAGGUUGUUGUUGCACUCGUAAGAAAUUUUACUCGUACGAUAACCGAACAAUCCGCUCGCCGCUUUACACCAACGUUCUAACCCGACGGAAGUAGUUAAAAAUGUCUGGAAAGGACGAUUCGAAAACGAUUGCGUGUUCUAAAGUCGCCGAAUUUCUUACGGAAGAGUUUAACUGAAAUGGAGGUAGGAAACACGUGUUUAAAGAUAUUUUAAACGGUCCACGACAAUAUUUAUCGUCGGUCAGAGCGAUAGGAUCCUGAUCUACUUCUAUAUAGCUACAUUAAGCGAUUACCAAAUAAUUUUCUACUCUAGUUUAGACGUAGCUGCAGUUAUGAAUCUUGAAACGGUGAAAUCUUGAGCGAUUUAUAUACCAGAAAUACAGACAGAAAGGGAGAAAGAGUGAGAGAGAGAGAGAGAGAGAGAGAGAGAGAGAGAGAGAAGUGGAGCAAGAUCGACGUUCGUUUUUCGUAUGAUCGUAUGGCCGCAGACUGAACCUUUAUAUUUAUCGACUAUAUGUACGUAUAUCGGCAUAGAUACGAUUCUAGUACACUGACUUCGGUACGAUCCUUAUCGAUUAGAUGCUUAAAUUAUUUAUUUGCCUUGUACAUAAUUGUAAAUACAAGUGAUCGUAAUGUGUAUAUGUAUGAUACGAGAUAAUCUUUAAUUGCCGCGCGAAGAUUAUAUUAUUGUGUAUGUGCGGAGCUGCACACGGUCGCGUGAAUACAGAAACGAUCUCACACUGUAUAUUCCUAAUUAUCGUACCAGUCUACAUAGGAUCUAUAUAGAUCUUUCUCUAAAUAUACUUAUAUCUCAUGUUCGUGUAGACAUACUUGGAAAGUAUGCGUAUAUGGUAGAUAUAUACCGGUGUCUCACAAUAUGUGGUCGAUAUAAUCUAUGUAACCCGCUUACAUGUUGCCACCGAUUAAAUCGAAUUAAAUAGA